GGCGUGGCUAGAUUCAGUUUUUGUCCAACUACUGAAAGUGUUAGAGCAUUGCGCACAGUGAAUUUUCCAAGUGAUCUGUGUAAAUUGACGUGUCAGUGAAUUUUCAUUCAUAAAGAAGCAAGAUUAUUAAUUUAUUUGUUCUAUAAGUAAAAGAAUUGCAUGGUGAAAAUGCGGUGGUAUUUGCUAGCUCUAGCGUGUGUGCUGGCGGUCUGCGCCGAGGAGAAGAAGGAGAAGGAUAAGGACAUUGGCACAGUGAUUGGUAUCGACUUGGGUACCACAUACUCAUGCGUGGGUGUGUACAAGAAUGGCCGGGUGGAAAUCAUUGCCAACGACCAGGGUAACCGUAUCACACCAUCUUACGUAGCCUUCACAGCUGACGGUGAGCGUCUUAUUGGUGAUGCAGCCAAGAACCAGCUCACAACCAACCCUGAAAACACUGUGUUUGAUGCCAAGCGUCUCAUUGGUCGUGAGUGGACCGACUCUACUGUCCAACAUGACGUAAAAUUCUUUCCCUUCAAGGUUGUAGAAAAAAACAGCAAACCUCAUGUUGCCGUCAAAACAGCACAAGGUGAGAAGGUCUUUGCCCCUGAAGAAAUUUCUGCCAUGGUUUUAACCAAAAUGAAGGAAACUGCUGAAGCUUACCUUGGUAAAAAAGUCACCCAUGCUGUUGUCACCGUCCCAGCCUACUUCAAUGAUGCUCAACGUCAAGCUACCAAAGAUGCUGGUGUAAUUGCUGGUUUGAACGUCAUGAGAAUCAUCAAUGAGCCUACCGCUGCCGCUAUUGCCUACGGUCUUGACAAGAAGGAAGGGGAAAAGAACGUUCUAGUAUUUGACUUGGGUGGUGGUACUUUUGACGUGUCUCUCUUAACAAUCGAUAACGGAGUAUUUGAAGUAGUUGCAACUAACGGUGACACACAUUUGGGAGGUGAGGACUUCGACCAGAGGGUAAUGGAACACUUCAUUAAGUUAUACAAGAAGAAGAAGGGCAAAGACAUCAGAAAAGACAAUCGUGCUGUCCAGAAAUUGCGACGUGAAGUCGAAAAGGCAAAGAGAGCAUUAUCUUCCAGCCACCAGGUCAAGAUUGAAAUCGAAUCGUUCUUUGAAGGUGAAGAUUUCUCGGAAACUCUUACCAGGGCUAAGUUUGAGGAAUUGAACAUGGACUUAUUCAGAUCUACUCUUAAACCUGUCCAGAAAGUAUUGGAGGAUGCUGACAUGAACAAGAAAGAUGUUGAUGAAAUUGUGCUGGUUGGUGGUUCCACUCGUAUUCCCAAAGUGCAGCAGUUGGUCAAGGAAUUCUUCAAUGGUAAGGAGCCAUCCCGAGGUAUUAACCCUGACGAGGCUGUCGCAUAUGGUGCUGCCGUACAAGCUGGUGUUCUAAGUGGUGAACAAGAUACUGACGCAAUCGUACUUCUCGAUGUUAACCCUCUGACUAUGGGCAUCGAAACUGUUGGAGGUGUGAUGACCAAGCUUAUCCCACGUAACACAGUCAUCCCAACAAAGAAAUCCCAGAUCUUCUCAACAGCAAGUGACAACCAACACACUGUAACCAUCCAAGUUUAUGAGGGAGAACGUCCAAUGACCAAAGACAACCAUUUACUUGGAAAAUUCGAUUUGACGGGCAUCCCACCUGCACCUAGAGGAAUCCCACAGAUUGAAGUCACAUUUGAAAUCGAUGCCAACGGUAUCCUCCAAGUAUCGGCAGAAGAUAAGGGUACAGGAAACAGGGAAAAGAUUGUUAUCACCAAUGACCAGAACAGGUUGACACCUGAGGAUAUCGAGAGGAUGAUCAAGGAUGCAGAGAAGUUCGCAGAUGAUGACAAGAAGUUGAAGGAGCGUGUCGAGUCAAGGAAUGAACUGGAGAGCUACGCAUACUCGAUCAAGAACCAACUCCAGGAUAAGGAGAAACUUGGUGCUAAGCUCUCAGAUGAUGAAAAGACGAAAAUGGAGGAAGCCAUUGACGUUGCAAUCAAAUGGCUAGAAGACAACCAAGACGCUGACUCAGAAGAAUACAAGAAGCAGAAGAAAUCAUUAGAAGAUGUUGUUCAGCCAAUCAUUGCCAAGCUGUACCAAGGCCAAGGUGGAGUCCCACCCCAAGGCACUCCUGGAGAUGAUGACGAAUUUAAAGAUGAGUUGUAACCAAAAGGAUUGUUAGAAAAGUUGAAAGCGAUUAUAGCCAAAAGUGAUCUCUAAUAGGUCGCUGCAGAUUACGUAUAUUGUACAACUAGUAUCAAAUUUGUGAUUGCAUUGUGGAUACCCACAAUUGUUAUUGGCUGGAUUUGUUUUAUUAAAACUUGUUUAUAUUUUAGAGUGGAAAAUUUCAGCCAAUCGUUGAUUGGGUUUAUCGUACCUACUAUAUUUGUCAAGUUUGUUACUUAGGAAUGCUGAUUUAUGAUUGCAUUGAGUAUAACUUUAGAUCUUUAUUAAUUUUAACACAUUUUAAUAUUAAAUUAAAAAUGAUAGGCUUAACUUUUAAUGCUAUUCAAAUGCCUCUUUCUAAGUCUAACUUUGCUCAAAAGUUGGUUAUUUUAACCACAUUAUAAUAUUUAUUAUACUUAAAUUAACAAUGAUAUCAUAAAAUACCUUGAAUAUAAUAUUCAAGGCAAGAGAGACAUCUUCUAGGCAAGUACACUCGAAUCAACCUCAUCAUUUUAUUGAGCAUGAUUGUCAUCAUGCACAAGCUUAUCUUGCGAUUAAAAAAAGGAAAUUGUGAGUGAAGUCACUUCGAGGUGUCGAGUCAUGCCUUUUAGCCUUUGAACAGAAUUAAAACAGGUCCACAUUUAUUAAUAUUAGGGUAAUAUAACCUUUCAGUAUAUCCUUUGCAAUUGUAAAUCAGUUGGUUAUGUGCAGUGUAUAUAAGCUGUGUAAUACAUAACGUAGUAUAUGAAGUGUUUUAAGAUCGUGUUGUGUAUUUAUUGGUGUGUAUGUAUGGAUGAAAUGUAUGAAAGAUGAAUGGAAUGUAGUGGUUUGGCAAGUCUGAGUCAAACCUUGUCGAAGCUCUUGUCUCUAAGCAUUUACAGAUAUGCCAACUUCCAACUCUAAUUUAAGUUGGUCAAUCUACUCCCAACUUACUGAUGCAUCUUGGCACAUCUGUGAAUGCUUUAAGUUAACCGCUGCGCGUGUAUGACUAUAAUAUGAAUGUCUAUUGUAUAAAUUGAUGCAUUUUUUAUUUGUAUUGAAAUCAAAUUGUGUAUAAAAUGUCUGAUUUGUAUAUUAGUCUCAUGUCACUCGGAGACUACCUCAAUAUAAUAUGUAUGUUCAUUCCCGAAUGGAAUGCUAGGGUUACAUAUACAUGCUAAAGAUCAUUCCCUUUAUCCACCCUAAAACUGCCACCUUAGGGCGUAUAGUUGGAUAUCCAUCUAUCCACCCUGGGCUUAAAUGAUAUACAAAUUCGCUGUCCGGGGUAGAUAAAUUGAUACGUCCCCAAGUAUACUCCCUGAAGUAGUUAUUCUAGGGUAGAUGAACAGAAUAAACCAAUGUUCAUAAAACUCAAGCAAAUGAAGCUUGUUUGUCAAGCAUGUAUGUACAUGUACAUCUAGCUUAAUAAUUGUUUUUUGAGACUGCUGAAUAGUUAGUUCUUUCUUAAUUAGCAGAAUAAUUAAUUAUUUGCACAAAUUAAAGGAAAAAGAUUGAUGUAUGAAAGGUUUCAUUUUUUUUAUUGAAUCUGUGACCUGAUUACUCUUUUUCCUUUUGUAUGUGUUCUAUAGAACCUAGUUAAUAAUUUUUUGGAUAAAAUUAAGUACAUAAAUAAAAAAGUUUUCUAGAAA